AUGUCUUCUCGUGACAGACGUCCCGACCUGUGUAUUAAAGCAGAACCAGGGACCCCAGAGAGCAUUGGCCGUAGAAGUCCUAGUGGUUCCAGUGACAGCAGCGGUCAUGGACCUGAUACACAAGGCCCUCGUUGUUGCCGAGGUGGAGACGAUGAGCAGGAUGAUACUGCUGGGAGAGGCAAAUAUGUUCUAAAUUCUAUCCCCAAGAGGCUUUGUCUUGUGUGUGGUGAUGUGGCCUCAGGAUACCACUAUGGCGUGGCUUCAUGUGAAGCUUGCAAAGCUUUCUUCAAACGUACAAUACAAGGAAAUAUUGAAUACAGCUGUCCAGCCACUAAUGAGUGUGAAAUUACUAAGCGAAGGCGGAAGGCAUGCCAGGCUUGUCGUUUUACCAAGUGCCUUCGUGUGGGCAUGCUUAAGGAAGGGGUGCGAUUAGACCGAGUCAGAGGUGGACGGCAGAAAUACAAGCGACGACCAGAAGGAGAAAUUCUACAGUAUACUCCCGGGGGACAGUCCCAGCAAAGUACAACAUCAGUAGUCAAAAAACAAGGUUCGAUCAUUUCUAUAAGCCAGAUAAAACUGUUUGCAAUGCCAGAUCCAGCACUUCCUGAUGGCUACCUGAAAUCUAUGAGCACUUUAUGUGACCUCGCAGACCGAGAGAUUGUCAUCAUUAUCAGCUGGGCUAAGAACAUCCCAGGUUUUUCCUCACUGUCAUUAUCAGACCAGAUGAGUCUAUUGCAAAGUGUCUGGAUGGAGGUUCUCCUCCUUGGGGUGGUAUUUCGGUCCCUUCCUUACGAAGAUGAAGUUGUGUUUGCAGAGGAUUUUGUUCUGGAUGAGGAAUCAUCUCGCUCGGCCCGUCUUUCAGACCUCUGUUCCUGUGUUCUUCAUUUGGUGCGCAAGUAUCGUGCAUUACGUGUGGAAAGAGAGGAAUAUGUUAUGUUGAAGGCCCUCACACUUACAAACUCUGACUCUGUACACAUUGAAGACCCUGAAGCUGUUCUGCGUCUUCGCGAUGCCCUACAAGAGGCACUUAGCGAGUAUGAAUCAAGUCGUCACCCCGAGGAACCCUGUCGUGAUGGAAAACUGCUUCUAACACUCCCCUUACUCCGUCAGACAGCAGGGCGCGUCCUUCAGCACUUCCACGCCCUGCGGGAGGAGGGGACCGUCCCUAUGCACAAGCUUUUCCUGGAGAUGUUGGAGGCCAUGAUGGACUAA